GGCCCGUCCGGCCGGUCGGUUUCCGGUGCCGCCGCUGCAGCGAGGCCGCGGCCGGGCCGGGACGGGCGGGGGGUCCCGGCGGAGCCGCUGCAGCUGAUCCUGGGAUCAACAUAUCUAACUGCAUAUUAAUAAGCUGUUGCCACACUCCCUGUACCAGCAAUGGCAGCUUCCAGCAGCAGCAGCAGCGAGGAGGAGCGGAGCCUCCGAGAAUGUGAACUUUACAUCCAAAAACACAACAUCCAGCAGCUGCUGAAGGAUUGCAUUGUACAGUUAUGCACAGUGAGACCUGAAAGACCCAUGGGAUUCAUCAGAGAGUACUUUGAGAGAUUGGAGAAGGAGGAAACAAAGCAGUUGUUGAAUCAGCUGAAGUCUGGUUCUCGCUCUGACUCCCGGGAGGAUGAGAUCUCCCCUCCUCCUCCCCUCAACCCUGUGGUAAAAUAUCGAUCACGACGUGGGGCCAUCAGUGCAGAAGUCUACACAGAAGAGGAUGCUGCCUCUUAUGUUAGAAAGGUUAUUCCAAAAGAUUAUAAAACCAUGGCUGCUUUGGCAAAAGCAAUUGAGAAGAAUGUGCUGUUUACCCAUCUUGAUGAUAAUGAGAGGAGUGACAUCUUCGAUGCGAUGUUCCCCGUCACUUACAUCGCAGGAGAGACUGUCAUCCAGCAAGGUGAUGAAGGUGAUAACUUCUAUGUUGUUGAUCAAGGAGAAAUGGAUGUUUACGUGAACAGUGAGUGGGCCACCAGUGUGGGUGAGGGGGGCAGCUUUGGAGAGCUCGCCCUCAUCUACGGCACCCCCCGAGCUGCCACCGUCAAAGCCAAGACCAACGUCAAGUUGUGGGGCAUUGACAGGGACAGCUACAGAAGGAUCCUGAUGGGAAAUACUUUGAGAAAGAGAAAUAUGUAUGAGAAAUUCCUUAGUAAAGUAUCUAUAUUGGAAUCUCUGGACAAGUGGGAGCGUCUCACUGUGGCUGAUGCCUUGGAACCGGUACUGUUUGAGGAUGGCCAGAAGAUUGUGGUCCAGGGAGAGCCAGGAGAUGAGUUCUUCAUUAUCUUGGAGGGCACAGCUGCAGUGUUACAGCGCCGGUCAGAAAAUGAGGAAUUUGUUGAAGUGGGCAGACUGGGACCUUCUGAUUACUUUGGUGAGAUUGCUCUGCUGAUGAACCGUCCUCGUGCUGCCACCGUCGUGGCUCGUGGCCCCUUGAAAUGUGUGAAGCUGGACCGGCCCCGGUUCGAGCGUGUGCUGGGUCCCUGCUCUGAUAUCCUCAAGAGGAACAUCCAGCAGUACAACAGUUUUGUAUCACUGUCUGUCUGAAACCUUCCUCCCUGUCCAAGCCAUGCUUCACGAAUGCAGACUGCUUUCUUCCCCUUGUGCAGAGCCACAUCGCCACUUGGCGUUUUGCAGCUUCCUGUCCGGUUAAAACAGAAAAAAAAAAAAAAAAAAAAAAAAAAAAAAAAAAAAAAAAAAAAAAAAGGAAAAAAAAAUAAACUGCUUAUCAUGGCACUGUCAUUAAGUUAGAGCAUA